AUGGGUUUAGUUCAGAAAGAUGAUUUAGAAAAGUAUUGGUCGUGCCAUGACCUUGAUGAAACUACUAUUUUUGGAUCACACAUGAGUAAAAACAGAUUCCAAAACAUUCUCAGUAAUUUCCACAUAACAGACAAUGAGUUACAGCCUGGAGUUGGAGCGUCUGGCUAUGACCCGCUGUAUAAGAUUAGACCAUUCCUAAAUUCUAUAAAUUCGGCUUUUUCAGAUGUUUAUACCCCUAACAGAGACCUAAGUUUAGAUGAAGCAACAUGUGCUUGGAAAGGACAUCUAAGAUUUCGUGUUUUCAAUCCUGCAAAACCAACUCGCUUCGGCAUAAAGUUGUACCAGAUACACCAAUACUACACAUGCUUGCGGAAAACUGCCAAGUGGUACAAAAAACUGUUUUUCCAUUUAUUGAACUUGUUCGUCAUAAAUGCGUACCUAUUAUACAAAAAAUGUUCAGAUGAUGACCCGAAACUUGGACAUUAUGAGUUCAGACGAGCAUUAGCUGAGUCACUUAUAGCUGAAUCCCCAAAUGCUCCUAAACCCACAGCAUCUGCAGGAAAAAGAAUUACAGGUGAAAAACCUCUUCGUUUGACAGAAAAACAUUUUCCAGAAGCAAUUCCUGCGAUUCCAGGUUACGUCCAUAUGGUGAUUGUACUGCCUGUAAUCAGUCAAAGAGACAACGCCAAGGUUUCAAGCGAAAGCAAGCUAGUUACUGGUGUUCUAAGUGUAAGAAGGCCUUAUGUGUCCCGAGAUGUUUUAUGGUUUAUCACAGUGCUCGUUUACAAACCUGUUCUUAGGGUGCAAGUCGGUGCUGCUUGCGAUGCUGCUCAGGGUGACAUUUCUUCAGACUUGUCCUCUGAUUAGAGUGUAGACUGUUGAUUAGAGUGUAGACUGUAUGUGAAAGAUAUUACUCAGACUCUUCCCUAGAUAUAACUAGUCUCAGGUAAAAAAAGUAAAAAAAAAUCUGACAUAUUUUAUUAUCCAUGUUUUACCUGUUUAAUUUUACCUUUUGAUUUACCUGUUUUACCUAUACAGGUAAAUACACCAUGUACUGGUAAACAAUAAUAAAUGAUUCAUGUAAAUGGUGUAGAAAUAAGCAACAACACAUACUAAGCAGCUAUGUUAGGGGUUAGACACAAAUAAAGUUUAAAGAACUGGGAUUUUUCUAAUUUUCCAUGUUUUAUCUGUAAUUUUUACCUUUCGUUUACCAGUACAAGUAAAUACUAAUUAAUGAUACCUGUAAAUGGUGUAGAAAGAAACAACAACACAUUCUAAGAGGUUUCAAAUAGGUUUUAUUUGUCUCUCUUGCAUUACUCUCAAAAACAAUGAUUU